AUCGAUGCCUCAUGGGUUGAUCUUGGACCGGUUAGCGGACUAAGGUGGCUUCUGACAGACACUCGAGGACUUAUCACUACCGAACAACAAGAAUGCAGAAGAAGUCUAUCAGCUCUACAUGCAGAACUAGAUGGGCUAUUUUGGGAAAUGACAUGCCUAACAGAUAUACGAUUUCAGAGAGUUUGUAUCGAGACGGAUUGCUUGAAUUUGGUUCAGAUGGUCAAGGACCCAUUGGAUUGGCCAGCAUUUGAAUCGGAAUUAAACUGUUUAUCUUUGUUGAGAACCUUAUUUGAAGAAUAUAUUAUUCGGUUCAAGAGGUCUAGAAAAAGAAUUAAAUUAUCAAACAAAGUUUGGUUGGUUAGCUGGUCCCGCGAUUUUAUUUUUCUUGGAGUUCACUUGAAUCCUGCGAUCCAUUUGCAAGAUCCACCAAGAAGCACAGAACAAUCUGAUCUCUGUAUCUAUAUAAUGAAGAGAUUCACGGUUUGUUGCCUCUCAAACCGAAUCCACAAGACCAGAAAUCGAAACCCAGACAAGAAACUAAGAGAAAGCAUGGAGAUUUCAAGAAACGAAAAUGAAGAGACUGCAAAACAGAACAACAACAACAAUGUGGCAUCAAUCAUCGGUUCUGAUCUCACAAAUGUGAUUGUGAAUCAUGACUUCUCUUCGGGGAUGCAUUCGUGGCAUCCGAAUUGCUGCGAGGCCUUUGUCGCCACCGCAGAUUCUGGUAUCUCUCACGGUGCAUUAGAUCCGUCAAAGUGCGGUAGCUACGUAGUUGUCAACAGCCGGAAAGAAACUUGGCAAGGCUUAGAGCAAGACAUCACAGGCAGAGUGAAACCUUGUUCUCUUUACAAAGUUUCUGCAACUGUUGCUGUAUCUGGACCGGUUCAAGAAUUGGUAGAGGUUAUAGCCACAUUAAAGCUCGAAAACCGACAAUCGCCAACAAACUAUCAGUUCAUUGCAAAAAGUUGUGUCUUCAAGGAGAAAUGGGUGAAACUAGAAGGCAUGUUUUCGUUAUCUAGCUUACCAGAUAAAGUUGUUUUCUAUUUGGAAGGCCCAUCACCAGGGAUCGAUCUCCUCAUACAAUCUGUUACCAUUCACUGCGAAAGCGAGCCUGAGCGUGUUACCGCGGAAGAUGGGAAUAUUGUAGUGAACCCAAACUUUGAAGAUGGACUAAAUAACUGGUCAGGGAGAAGCUGCAAGAUCGUGUUGUGUGACUCCAUGGACGAUGGAAAGAUACUACCAGAAUCCGGGAAAGCUUUCGCUUCGGCAACAGAACGCACGCAGAGCUGGAACGGUAUUCAACAAGAGAUUACCGGGAAAGUUGAGAGAAAACGUGUGUAUGAAGCAACCGCGGUUGUUCGUAUAUACGGAAAAAAUGUGACAAGUGCUACUGUACAAACUACUCUAUGGGUCCAGAAUCCAAAUCAACGAGAUCAAUACAUCGGCAUCGCCAAUGUGCAAGCUACAGAUAAAGAGUGGAUACAGGUUAAAGGGAAGUUCCUCCUCAACGGUUCUGCUUCACGAGUAGUCAUUUACAUCGAAGGUCCUCCUCCAGGAACAGAUAUUCUUCUGAAUAGCUUUACUGUAAAACACGCCGAUAAAUUACCUCCUUCACCGCCCCCACCUAUUCAGAAUCCUGCGUUUGGGGUAAACAUACUCACAAAUAGCCAGUUAAGUGAUGGUACGACCAAUGGUUGGUUCCCAUUAGGGAACUGCACGCUAAGCGUUGCGGAAGGUUCACCUCGAAUACUUCCUCCGAUGGCUAGAGACUCGCUUGGACCACAUGAGCCUCUAAGUGGUCACUAUAUGCUCGUGACUAACCGAACACAAACAUGGAUGGGUCCAGCUCAAAUGAUCACUGACAAACUUAAACUCUUCUUGACAUACCAGAUAUCAGUUUGGGUCAAAGUCGGUUCUGGCAUUACUAGUCCGCAGAAUGUUAAUGUCGCACUUGGUAUCGAUAGCCAAUGGGUAAACGGAGGACAAGCCGAGAUCAACGAUGAUAAAUGGCACGAAAUCGCCGGUUCUUUCCGAGUCGAGAAGCAGCCAUCUAAAGCUUUGGUUUAUGUUCAAGGCCCCUCUUCAGGUGUUGAUCUCAUGGUCGCUGGCUUGCAGAUUUUCCCGGUCGAUCGGCUCGCGAGAAUCAAGCAUUUGAGAAGACAAUGUGACAAGAUCCGUAGAAGCGACGUUAUACUCAAAUUCUCCGGUGUUGAUUCAAGCAUAUUGUCUGAAGCUACGGUUAAAGUUCGACAGACAAGAAACAGCUUCCCUGUGGGAACUUGCAUAAGUAGAUCAAAUAUAGAUAACGAAGAUUUCGUUGACUUCUUCUUGAAAAACUUUAAUUGGGCAGUUUUCGGUAACGAGCUGAAAUGGUACUGGACGGAACCAGAACAAGGGAAGCUUAACUAUCAAGACGCAGACGAUAUGCUCAACUUGUGCAGUAGCAACAACAUACAAACAAGAGGGCAUUGUAUCUUUUGGGAAGUGCAAGCAACGGUUCAGCAAUGGGUCCAAAAGAUGAACCAAACCGACUUAAACAACGCGGUCCAAAACCGAUUAACCAGUCUUCUAAACCGGUACAAGGGGAAAUUCAAACAUUACGAUGUGAACAACGAGAUGUUACACGGUUCAUUCUACCAAGAUAAGCUAGGCAAAGACAUAAGAGUCAACAUGUUCAAGACCGCGCAUCAACUAGACCCGUCCGCGACAUUGUUCGUGAAUGAUUACCACAUAGAAGACGGGUGUGACCCGAGAUCGUGCCCUGAGAAGUACAUCGAACAGAUUCUUGACCUGCAAGAAAAGGGUUCGCCGGUAGGAGGAAUCGGGAUUCAGGGCCAUAUCGAUAGUCCGGUAGGUCCGAUCGUAUGUUCGGCUCUAGACAGACUAGGAAUCCUCGGUUUACCAAUAUGGUUCACGGAAUUAGAUGUCUCGUCGAUAAAUGAACAUAUCAGAGGAGAUGAUUUGGAGGUGAUGAUGUGGGAAGCUUUUGGUCAUCCUGCUGUUGAAGGUAUAAUGUUAUGGGGAUUUUGGGAGCUGUUUAUGAGCAGAGAGAACUCUCAUUUGGUGAAUGCAGAAGGAGAUGUUAAUGAAGCUGGUAAAAGGCUUUUGGCUGUGAAGAAAAAUUGGCUCUCUCAUGCUAAUGGACACGUUGAUGAAAACGGUGCGUUUUCGUUUAGAGGGUACCAUGGAAAUUAUGCAGUUGAAGUGAUUACAAGUUCGUCUCAGAAGGUUCUUAAAACGUUUGUUGUUGAAAAGGGAGAUUCGGCUCAGGUUAUUACUGUUGAUCUUCAAGGUUUGUGAUGCUUUUGCGUGAUGUAUAUGUGUUUAUUUGUGUGUGUCUACACUAUAUCUAGUUUCGAAUAUGCUGAAGCGUGUUUGUUUAUUGUGAACUAAAACGUUACCUAAAAUAAUUCGAAGCAAACAAUAUCCAAACA